AAAAGAGAAAGAAACAACACAGAAAACAAGCCUAAUAUCAAUACCUGCUCCGUCCUCUGCGGUUUGCACUGGGCUUCUUUAACAAACAUGCAUCAGGGUGGAGGAUCUGAGACGGAGGUGACUUGGGAGGACCAGCAGAACAUUAACAAGUUUGGAAGAUUAAACAACCGCUUUCACGAACUUGAGGAUGAGAUCAAAAUCGCCAAGGAAACAAAUGAAAGUCUGGAGGAUGCUAGCAACGAAUUGAUUCUCACCGAUGAGGAGGUGGUUCGGUUCCAAAUAGGGGAAGUCUUUGCUCAUGUGCCGAAGGAAGAAGUGGAGAGCAGGAUAGAAGACAUGAAAGAGGUGACUAGCAAGAACGUGGAAAAGCUUGAGGAAGAGAAGGAUUCUGUAGUUGCACAGAUGGCCGAAUUGAAAAAGAUCUUGUAUGGGAAGUUCAAGGACUCUAUCAAUCUAGAGGAGGAAUGAUACGGAUAAGUUGGUAACUUCACUAUAGUUUUGUUGCUUCUUUAUGUUAAUGAUUUUAUUUUCCUUGUUGCCAUGUUACUAGAGAAAAUGACUUGCUUCAAAUUCUGGUGUGUUUGGAUAUUAACCAAUGUGUUUAGACAGUUGGAUGAAUUAGUGGAUGUUUAAUGUGUUUAGACAGUUGGAUGAAUUAGUGGAUGUUUAUUGGUCCUUUUGGCAUGUGUCAUGAAUUUGUAUGAGAAUAUGGGCAAAAUAUGGGUAAUUUGUUGAUA